CAGAACCAUAUAUAGUAGGAGUACAAUAUCUGUCUCUUUCUCAUCCCUACAGCUUUUUGCCAUUUCUUCCCUAUUUCUUGCUCUCUUUCUAGCUUUUUAUUCUAAUUCCAUUCUCUAUAUUCAGAUUCUUUCCUCUUUAAUCCAAAAAACCUAUUGAACAAUGAAGAAAUUUAUUCUGAAAUUAGAUUUGGAAGAUGAUAGAGAAAAAAGGAAGGCCUUGAAAAUUGUGGCUGCUCUUCCAGGAAUUGAUGAAAUUUCAAUGGAUAUGAAAGGUAAAACAUUAACCGUUAUUGGAACAGUUGAUCCAAUUAUUGUGGUGAGCAAAUUGCGCAAAUUUUGGGCAACAGAAAUAAUGUUAGUAGGUCCAAAAGAGGAACCAAAAAAAGAAGAACAAAAAGAGGAAGGCAAGAAAGAGGAAGAAGCAACCAAAGAGGAAGCAAAGAAAGAUGAGCCAAACAAGGAAGGAGAAGACAAGAAAGAAGAAACAAAAAAGGAAGGAGAAGAGAAGAAAGCAGAAGCAGUUGUAGGCAUGGUAAUGCCAUAUAGACCUUAUUAUUAUUAUCAUCAUCCUAUGCACACAUAUAAUUACCAAGUUCAUCACAACAUAGAAGAGAAUCCUAAUGCAUGUGCUAUAUGUUAAUUUAUUUUUUACGAAUCAGAGCGAUAAAAGGAUGAAUCUUAGUUAAUCGUGUGACAGCCAGGUCAUUUCGAAAAUAUCCUGUCACGUUAUGUUAUAUAUUUUAAAUUGGUUGGGACACUUUGGGAUUUUAUAUGUAUGUGUAUGUGUAUGUGUAUGUGUAUGUAUAUGAAUAUCUAUAUUUUUGUGCUUCUCUUUA